UAGAGCGGUGCCUGACAGCCUGGAUGCCAGGGCCAGCAGCUUUCUUGCCCGGCUGGGAAAUCCGACAGGGAUCGGUCAAAGACGGAGCGGAGGAAAGAUAACGACGGAAGAAAAAACAAAAAAAGAGCGGACUGGCUAAAAGCGGGGAGGAGAAAGUAGACGACUAGUUGUUUUUGUUUUUCAUUCAUUAGGCUACCCGGGUAACAUUUUGGCAGUGAAUGGACUAAGAGCUGGGAGAGGAUAUUUUUUUAUUAAUUGUUUUUCUCCAUCGCUUUCACUGCGCUGAUAGUGUUUAUCAGCCUGCCGAGCAUCGUGAAGGACCAGUCUCACUCCGGCUGCUCUGCCGCCGCUGCUCUCCCCUCCUUUUUAGAGCCGUUCGGGCUCCGGAUAAACGUGUGUGGAUGCUGUGCUGUUUUCUUUUACAUGUUUAACAUAAAAUAACAUCUCCUGGGAAAUAGAUAAACUAGGAUAAGAUCAGGAAACAACCGUGAAAGAGCGAGGGGAACCAACAAUAUGUAUUAAGUAGUGAGGUAGAGGGAGGCUGUGGUGUAUAACGGACACAAGGAGCAGGAGAGAAAGGAGAAGAGGAUUCGCAGCAGGAGGAGAACCAAAAACCUGCAGGUUUGCUGAGCCUGCGGGGAUGAGGACGAGGAGGGACGCAGCCUAACACAGCCAAGGUGUUAGUGUGAUUAGAGGAGAGGGAGCUGGAAAAGGAGAGGCAUUAAAGCGCAGGUUGUUUCCAAUCAAAAAAAGGGGGUGAUGGCCGGUAAACGCACCGGGGUGCACACACUCCGUAAGCCGACCGCAGCCCUGUCAGCAGCCGUAGCAGCAUGAGGAGGAGGAGGUACGCAGCUCUUCAUGUCUCAUCAGUCCUCCACAUCCUCAUUAUUCAUUUAGCCUUCCCCGCCCUCCUCUCCCCUCCAUUACAUCCAGCCUUCCCAGCCGCCUUGACUAGUAUCCAUCCAUCCAUCCAUCUAUUCAUCCAUCAAUGCAUCUACCCAUCUAGAUGACAUUACCCUUCUUCUGUGUCCCAACUUCCUGCAUCUCCUAUCCAUCAGGCACUUUUUGGAGCACCAGUGACUUUCCAAAAUGUUUCAGUGACACUCAAGGGCUCCUCGGGCAGGUGUAGCCUACCACUGGAAAAUUAAGAAUAGGCCUACUUUUUGAUUUUUAUUAUAACUUCACCCGCUAAGGAUGAAGGUGGAUGAUAGCUUUCAUUCAUCCUUGCCCAAAGCAGAAGAUUAGAGAGCGCAAACGCAGAGGAGGUGACCCUUAUCGUAUCCUGAAGGAGACAAGACGUAGAGCAUGACCUUGUGUUUGUCUACAGUGCCAAAGAAGAGCCAGGGAGCAGCCUCCAUGGCCAGAGAAUCCCCGCCUUCCUAGCUCCAUCAGGAGCUGUUUUAACCCUUCUGCAAGCUGCACUGGGGGGCUCAAACGUUCCCCUGACUCCACCAGGAGGCUCACUCCAAACCCAUCUGCCAGCUCAAAUAACCCUCUUGACUGUUGGCAACCACAUGUUUGAGGUGACUGUGUGUGACCGCCGCCGCCCAUUCUCGAGCAGCAGCAGCAGCUUCCCGCUACCCCGAUCUGCACCAUGCAGUGGAGACGGCGGCACUGCUGUCCCAUCAAGAUGACCUGGACGGUCAAGCGUUCGCUCUUCCGGACCCAUGUGGCCGGCCUCCUCUCGCUGGCUCUGCUCUUCACCCUCUUCUUAUUUUUCAGCCAACAGGACUGGCUGCCGGGACGCAGCGGGCCCCGGGAAAACCCUUUGGCCUACACCACCAGAGGCUUCCGCAACCCCAAGGGAGAAGCCAACCAGAGCAGCUCGCUGAGGAGCCUGUGGCGGGAGACGGGGUACGUAGCGCCAAAGCCUCCGCUCAACCUCAGCUCUCAGCAGGCGGAUGGCGCAACGGGGGAGGCAGCAGGAGGAGGAGGAGGAGGAGGAGGAGGAGCCAGGAUGGGCGUAAUGGGGCUCGGGGACUCCAUGAGCGCUAACAACAGUUUACACAAGGAGAUGGGUGUUGGAGGGAGGCUCAGCGCCCAGCCCUACCGCUACAUCCUGAACGAGCCCUUCAAGUGCAGGGACAGCACGCCCUUCCUCAUCCUCCUUAUCGCUGCAGAACCCGCCCAGGCCGAUGCCCGUAACGCUAUCCGCCAGACAUGGGGGAAUGAGAGCAUAAGGGUGUCCGGACAGGGGUUUGUCCGUCUUUUCCUGCUCGGCACGGGAAAAAGCUCCGACACCUACCUCCAGAGCAGCUUAGAGGAAGAGAGCCGCGUUCACCACGACAUCAUCCAACAGGACUAUCAGGACACUUACUACAACCUGACCAUCAAAACCCUGAUGGGCAUGAACUGGGUGGCCACCCACUGCCCACACGCCUCCUACGUGAUGAAGACAGACAGCGACAUGUUUGUCAAUACCGAGUAUCUCAUCCAAAAGCUGUUGAAGCCCGGGCUGCCUCCCAAGCAGAGGUACUUCACUGGCUACCUGAUGAGGGGCUACGCACCAAACCGAAACAAGGACAGCAAGUGGUACAUGCCGCCGGAGCUGUACCCGAGCGAGCGCUACCCGAUAUUCUGCUCAGGCACGGGGUACGUGUUCUCAGGGGACAUGGCCGAGCUGAUCUACCAGGCCUCGCUCAGCAUACGCAGGCUGCACCUGGAGGAUGUUUACGUGGGGAUCUGCCUGGCAAAGCUGCGCAUCGACCCGGCGCCCCCUCCCAACGAGUUCCUCUUCAACCAUUGGCGGGUGUCGUACUCCAGUUGUAAGUACAGCCACCUGAUCACGUCCCAUCAGUUCUAUCCCAAUGAACUCAUCAAGUACUGGAGCCACUUGCAGAGCAACAAGCACAACGCCUGUAUCAACAUUGCCAAGGAAAAGAAUGGCAGGUACAGACACCGAAGGUUUCAUGGAGAGAGGCCUCCAUGAUCCAUCCUGUGACUACCAACCACUUAAAAAAAGAAAAAAAUAGCAAGAUGGGCACACUGUAACUCAGCCAGUAGAGGGCAUUUUGAACUCAGCACUAUUCACUAUAUGGGGAAAAGCACAUUGUUUUUGGUAUUGUGUACAGUUGAUGAUCCAAACUAUUUUUGUUAAUUUGAGAAAAAAAUGUUAAGUAAUGUCAACCUGUUGAGCUAUUUCUAAAAAGAUUAUCUGGGAUGUGGAGCAUGCACAAGAAGUGCUGUGGCCAUUUAAGAGUGGUGUUUAUGAUAAUUCAGGUGCCAACAGAAAGGUGGUGACGGUAAUUCAUGCUACAGUUAAUGUGAAGGCUCUUCUCUAAAGUGUAGUACAGUAUGUUGCACUCUACAAAUCCCCAAAAAAAGGAAGACACAAUUGUGUUUACAGACAAAGGGAAAUGCACAUGUAUUUUGUAGAAAGUUACACUACCUAAAUAUGAAUGAAAGUAUCUUUGACAUUGACCAGUUAUGCUGCCCUGUUCCUCAGUGUUUACGUUACAGAUUUAUCAAAGAAGGCGACUCUAAAGAGAUGGUUUAUCUGUCAUAUACUUUAUUUUGUUUUAAAAAAAAAUCUAAAUGAAAGCACUCACGUCACGUCAGAGAUGACUGAGAUUGUAUUUUUUAAAGCUUUACAUUGAGUAUGACUCUGUACUAAAGCAAAUGUUCAAUUAAUUAACAAUUAAAUGUACUGAACUCA